GUUGGGGGGCGAUAGGGAAAUAAAGUGUGAUGGCGAUGAAAUGGGUGUGUGCCGACAAAACUAGUACAUGAAUACGUUUGAUUCAGUUAUACACUGCGGGGUUUCUCAUCGGAUGAUAAUUCGAAGAGUGUAUAAACGUGUUAAAUAAUUUGAAUUUUAUGGGUGGAUUUAUUACAUAACUUAUAAAUUAAAAUUAUCGCCUAUAUAGAAAUGGUGUUGAAGAACAUUGUGCUGUACCUUGUGUUUGUACUGUUUGUCAAAUUUGGCACAUCAGCAGCAUGUACCAUUCCAUUUAUAAUUCGAGGAGCUUGGUUUUCAUGGGAAAAUGGUCAAAAUACAUUAACUGAGAUUAAUGCAGAAACAAUGACUCGGAAAGGAUACUGUAUUGCCCUUAAAGAAGAAUACCAUGUUAACUAUACAUUUGUUUUUCAAGACAAUAAGUGUUACCAUUGUGUUAAGCUCUUGGUGAGGACUGUAAAUGUGCUGGAAAAACUCGAAACUGGAUGUGUGAAUUUGGCCCGUGAUGAAGAGCCCACGGUUGAGAGAGUCUGCCGGGAGUUAAAUCCUGAUCAGCAUAUUGUAACAUUAUUCUCAGAAAAUUAUGUCCCAGUUAACUGCCGGUCUAGUUUAGAAGGUGUCUGGCAGUUUGCUUAUCAGAAUCGUUUCCGAUUUACUGGAGAGUGCAAUAAUCCAGAUGCACAGAUUCGCUCUUGCCAGACAGCAGGAACACAGUUUCUCAUAACAAAUCAGAAAUUCAAUAUUACAUACAAGAAAUGCUCAGGCAUGACGGGAACAUUUGAUGGAGUGGUUGAGUAUAGUUGUUUAGGUGACUGGUUUGUGGAUAAGAACCACUUUUUUGCUGUUGCCAAUACGAAGGAGUCUCGAAAAGAUGAGAAGUAUCGAUGUUUUCUGAAGAAUCGAGAUGAUGACUUGUAUAUUGGAGUUUCUAUAACAGCAGAGUGCAACACUCUUAAAACAGUAGAGAAAAGUCCUGAGAGGUUGCGAAUUACCCCAGUCAAAGCUGAAGUUGUUGAACCUGGCUGUCGCUUGCCACAGAAUUUCAGUGGUGAUUGGAUAAACACUGCAAACAUUGAUGCUGAUAUUUUCAUCAAUGAGACCCAUAUCAUUGAAACUUGGUACCCAGAUGAAGGUCGGUACAGAAGAACCAUUUAUGUGUGCCGACAGCAAAGGGAUACUCGGUAUAUGAUGGCACGGCUCACAGUAGAUGGCUGUCAGAAGGACUACGUGUGUUUUGAUUUCGUACCUCAGCACCAUAACAUUAUUCGUUACCGACGUGGUAUUGCUGUCAUCAAAGAUGAUUUCCACACUGUUUGUUCAUGGGUACAAUUUAAGAACAAGGAAGCAUGGAAAUAUGACUUGUUCUUAGCAAAAAAUCCAGUACCUGUACAGUGCCCAGUUGCUGGAAAGUACAAUUUUACUCAGCGUGGUGAUGUGCCUUUUGAAACUCGUAUUUUGGGUGGUGUGACACUCUCUCCACGCCCCAACACAUAUUGUAAGGAAAACAUCUCUGACUUCUCAGUAUGUGACACAGAACAAAAGGAAAUUGCUAUUGAUGAAACAUACUGUCUCAGUGUGGACCACUUAGGGAGACCUGUUGACAUUUACAGUGACCCUGACUAUAAGAUGAAGUGCAUUGGCUAUUGGAAGGAGAACCUCAAGUCGUACUUAAUCACAUAUGAUGAGCUGGAUCCUUUUAGCAAGUACCGAUGCUGGGUAUAUCAGCGAGCAGAUCUGAACCGCGUACUUAUGUCUCAGGCAAUAGGACCUUUCUGCGACUUGAAACAGGAUGUGACAAGCUGGAAUUAUACAGAGGGGGCUGCUGUAGCUAUAGAGAUGCAGGAAUAUGAACGAGAGCGCGACCAGUGUCCAAUGCAUUUUGAUGAUGGAAGUAACCCAUGGAUACAUUCAGAGCAUUAUGUACAAGUAUUCAAGUUUGGCAGCACUGGAACUACUGUAUGCGGUAACACUGCUGGAAGCUUGGUCAUGUUUUUGACAUGUUACAUCUACAUGCAUAUUGCAGUGGCUGGCUGAAUUUCAUUAAAAGAAUUCAUCAUAGAUUGGAAGCCUCAUCAGCCAGAACUUGAAGACAUAACAGAAAACUGUGACUUUCAUUUCCCCAAGUGGAUGAAAGAACUCCAUGAUAAUCUUUUCAUAUGAUAACAUAGUUAUAUGGGAUGGGAUCCAGAUUGGUUUCAGAAGAGGCAUUUCAACAUUUGAAGAGAAUCUCCAAGUAAUCUUUCAUUGUGAGACUGAUAAUUUUCAUUGAUAUUAUUCAGUCAUCAGGGAAUAGAAGCAUUGAAGUGGUGGAAUAUGAUCUUAUUUUGCACAGUGUAAGGGGCUCAUCUUGUUUGAUGGCAAGUUCCCAAUGAAUAGAACAUGAAUUAGUUUGUUUUGUGUAAACUAACUGAAAAGUCCAUAAAUUUGGAAGAUUAUAUGAUUAUGAAACUUGCACUUGGAAUAAAAGAGGGAAAAAUGUUAGUAUUUAGCACCAUGUUAAUUAGUGCUGAAAUUCGGAAUGUAAUACUGAAGAAGUAUGUAAAUUGUAACAUUUUUUAAAUCCAUACACCUGAAUAAGUGUAUGUUAUGUGAAAAAUAAUCAUUAAGAUUGCCACAUCUAAGCACAGAACUACUAUAAAACAUUACAAGUCGCAGUAUAGGUAUAGUCAUAACAUGCAAAACUCAUACUGUAAAUUUCUCUCAGGAAUUAUUGAACCCUGUGUGGUUAGUUCAUUCUGAUAUGUAAUUCAUUUUUUAUAUUAACAUUUUAUAUUAGUUCAGUUUAAAUUAAUAUCAGUUUUAGAAUUUUAAGUCAAAAUCAUUGAUUAUAUGCAAUUUAUAUAAUAGUAAAUUCAUGUAGCAUUUUUUUUUAUUGUAACUAUAGUUUGUAUUAACUGAAGAGAAGUGGUGUGGUUCUAAAAUGACCCCAGGUUGUGAGAUGAAACAUCAUUACUUCAAAGACAUUCUCAUUCCAUCUGUGACUGACUGCAAUAAGUAAUGUUUAUUUUUUAAUAUUAGGAAUGUACGAAUAUGUAUGCUUUGAUUGAAAGGCACAUGAUGUAAAUAUUUUUAUAUUAAGACAUGCCCUGCCAUGGCAUCUGUUCUGCUUCAGAAUACGAGUCCAUGUGCCUGCUAAAACAAGUAAGAACAUGGUAUUAACCUCGUGGACAAAUAGACUCUUUCACUUUCCAUUCCCUUCUGCCCAUAUUUCUCACCUGUGGAUAAGGCAUAAGGUAGAAAGAACUAAGAUUGUGGUCUUAUAGGUUAAUGUCAUUGUGUAGUUUUGUAGGUGGUUACCAAUUUUUCAGAGGAACAUGCUGCUCUGAAGAUGGAGACUGCAUGUUUGACCAAAACAAUGGGAAUCACAUGUGAAACUGAUAUCAUUGCUGUGAAACCCUCAUUUCUCAUCUAGAAAGACACUGUUUAGUGUUUAGGAGUGUGUAUAAUGCUGAUACAUGCAUAUAAGACAUGCCCAAAUUAGAACUGAAAGAGUAUCUAUCAUAAACAGAGUAGUACAAUAAUUUUACACAUAUGGACAUAAUUUCUAAUUGGUUUUAGAGUUGUGUACAAAAUCAGAAUCGAUCAUUUGUCUUAUAAGAACAGGAAUGCUGUUUAUUGGAUGUUUUCUUUUUCAGUCUUGUGAUGAUAGUAUAAUGUUUAACAUUUAUUUGAGGAAUGUUGUGGAAUAUUUAAUAUAAGUUUAUGUAUUAAUAUCAUUGACUUCUGAAUAUUUUAAUAUGUAACAACUCAGACUGUACAUUGAGUACCUAUUUGCGACUUUGCAAAUAAUAUCUACACAAAACCGUCCAUUUAUAAGCUUUACUAGAGCUGUACAGUGUUUUUAUUCAGAUGAAAUCUCUUGGUUUAUGAGUAGCAUCUGAAAUGUGGUUAUAGCAAAGUGUUUCACGUGAUUUUUUAAUGUUUUUAAAUUUAUAUAUAUUUUUGUAUGGAAUAUGAGUCCAUUGUAUGUAUGUGAUCUUGAAACAUGUCAUCAUAGAGG